CAGGACACCGAAGUCGACAACUUUCCGUUGCAUUCCACUCCUCCCGCCUGCACGCCUUCCCUUCUGCCACCUUGGCUCCUCACAAAACUCUCGAUCUUUCUAUAAUAUCACAAUCGCCGAUUCAAGCAGUCUCGAAGCUACCCACAAUGUCAAACGGGAACGGCGAGCAUGCUGCCGCGGCUGCCAACGGUUACCCCGCCAAACCCCACUCAUCCGAAUCCGAGCCGUCCCCGCGGAGUUUCCAGGAAGUGUGCCACGAGCUGAAGGAUAAGGUCGAUGCCUUCUUAGCUGAUGAUCAGAAGACGGAUGUUUUGCGGAAUGUUCAGAAACAGCUGCGUGCGUCAAUGGGCGUCGUAGACGAGGCGUUGGCAAGAUACAGCCUGGAACAGAUUUCAAUUUCCUACAAUGGAGGCAAAGACUGCCUCGUACUACUGAUCAUACUCCUCGCCGCCCUCGCACGUCGAUACCCCUCUCAUUCGAAAGCCUCCCAUACGAACGGUUCGAAUGGCACGACUUCCUUCCCUCCCGAGUUCCAGGCAGUGUACAUCGUAUCGAAGCAUCCAUUCUCCGAAGUUGACGAUUUUGUUGAAGCCACUAGCGCCGAAUACCACUUAGACGUAAAAAGAUAUGCCAUGUCAAUGAAGGAUGGACUCGAGGCAUACCUAGCAGACAGACCAAACGUAAAAGCCAUUUUCGUGGGGACGAGGAGGACAGAUCCCCACGGCGAGAAGUUGACAGAUUUUGACCCCACGGACUCCGGGUGGCCUGCGUUUAUGCGGGUGCACCCUGUAAUUGAUUGGCACUAUGCCGAAAUUUGGGCAUUCAUCCGACAUUUAGAAAUACCAUACUGUCCUCUAUAUGAUCAGGGCUACACGAGUUUAGGCGGAACACAAGAUACCCAUCCCAACCCCCAGUUGAAGACCGAAGGACAGAACGGUGCGGGGUUCCGACCUGCAUACGAGCUGACGGAAGAUGACGAAGAGAGAUUAGGUCGUGAUAGAUGAAGUAGUGCCGUACGACUCAUUGUCGUUGACUUGCGGAGCCUACGAGAGUUUUGAUUGAACUCGAGAGUAGCAAGAUUUAUCAUGGAGGAGCCAUCUGUAUAGAGAGCGCAUAGACUUGCCGCAUCACAACCAAUCUUCACUGAUUCAUUUUCAG